GUUUUUAGUUUUUGUGUGAAAAAUUUCGUAGUAAAAUGUUGCAUCAAAAUUGUAUGAAAAUUACCCGCAGUAUACUACCUCUACAUCGCAAUGUUCGAACUUUGGAGGAAUCAAAACUCAAAAGAUCGUAUUCUGAUGCCCCCGCCUUUAAAGGUAGAGUCGGCAUAAUCACAGGGGGAGCUUCUGGUGUUGGACUAUCAAUAGUGAAAGCCUUGGUUCCCCAUGAACCAAAAGCACUUAUUAUAGUGGACAACGAUAAAGCAAUGGGAGAAGAACUUGCGGGUGCCUUAAAAAAACAGCUAGGCCCUUGCUGCGACAUAGACUUCGAACAUGUGGAUGUAGUUAAGAAAGAUCAAAUGCAGAAAGUAUUCGAAUGCGCGAAGAAGAAAUAUUGCUACAUAGAUUUGGUGGUGAAUAACGCCAACAUGAAGUCAGAGAGCGAAUGGGAGCGGACUCUAUGCACCAACACGUUCGGUAUGGUGAAUGUGACCCAUUUGGCGUUUGAGUAUAUGGGGAAACAUAAAUGUCUGCCUGGGGGGACUGUUAUUAACGUGUUGGGGGUCUCAGCGGUAGAUCCCGAUUUCGUUCUACCAGUUACCAGUGGAACUAAACACUUUGGUUUGACCUUUACCCGAUUGAUUGGUCACGAAUGGUUCUUCAGUAGAACGGGGAUAAGAGUGAUGGGUGUGCUGCCUGGCCCAACGGAGACCAAAAAAAACUUGAAGAAUCUCCUCGAUACCAGGGGUUUAGGAGACGUCAACGAACUCGUAAAGGCAGCUUCUCAAAGCAAGCCCCAAAAACCGGACGAGGUAGCAAUGUGCGUCAUGAAAAUGAUCGACAUCGCCGAAUCGUCGGAUAUCUACGUGGUGGAUGGAGGAAAAUGCGGAAAAAUAUACGAUUUUCCCGACAGAAGAGGCUUCAAACGGUGCACCUUCGAGUAACAGAAGUAAAUUGUGUAUUUAAAAUGUCUUUUGAGAAAUAAAUGAGGAGUUUG